AUGCCCACCAGGUUCUUGCUGCUUUGGACAGGAGCUAUUGUGAGUUGGCCAUCAGCAACUUCAUUGUGUAAGAAGAAGUGUGCAAUGUUGAUGUGUUUUGUCCUCUUGAAAUGCUGUGGAUCAUUGGCAAUAACUCAAGCUCCAGAUGAGUUGCUAUACAAGAUUGGUAUGGUUGAGUCAAGUGCUAGUUCCCCAUUGCACAAGUGCAGUACCAAGGUUUUGGCAGUGAUAUGGAUUGCAGAAGCCCUUGGUAAGGACUGGUCCAAUUUGCACUGGAACAUGGAUGCCCAUAGCAUUUCUCUUGCCACAGCUCCCAGUGCAACAUAUUCAGCUUCAACCGAACUGUUUGCUGCUGUUAGCUGA